UCACAGGACGCACUCGACCAUGCGCAGCGCGCUGCCUCGGGCUUGCCCACUUCGGCUCUGCCGCCGCCUAUCCAGAUCGACAGUUCGCCAGGUGAUGCGCGGGUCGAGCCCGCCGCGCCCGCGGUCGAGAUCGCGGGCGAGCCCGAGGGCGAGCCCCGCGGCCCAGCGCAGGCCGACCAUGCCAAGGACGAGAAGAAGGAGUGCGGAAUCGGCCACGUCACCAGAGGUGGAGUUCGAGUUCGAGUUCAGGACACAGGCGAGCUGAAGACCAAGGACGAUGUCAUCCUUGCGCUGCAGGCGCAGACGAGCGCUCUCACCCAGGACGUCUGCACGCAAGGAGCGACCGAGGAGGUCAUGAUCGAGACGUUCCACGCGAAGCUGCUCAAGCUUCACGACAGUAACCUCCUGAAGAAAGCGAAAGAGUUGAGGCAGCAGGACCCAGAGUUCGCCGACGAUUUCGGCGAUGAUUUCGAGGAUGAGGAGUACGCCCACCUGAACGACGAGCAGAAGAGAAAGAAUGAUAUGUUCGAGAAGCACGCGGCGAACGGGUAUUUCUUCAGCACGUCGACGAAGAAGGGGAACGCUAUCGGAGGCGUGUGGCAACGUGCACUCGCGGCAGAUAAGAAGCUCCGCGAAGAUUACGAGAAGGAGAGUGGAUACGGUUGUCCGAAAGCGUUUCGGGCCAAGUGGCUGAAGAAGGAACACGAGAGGUGGAAGUCUCAAGUCAUUUGCGAGAGGACAGAGGAGCAAUCGAAGGAGAAGAAAGCGACAGGAACAUACAUGACACUGGGAAGGCUGGCGUGGAAGAAGGGCGGUGGCGUCACAGGCAUGAAGAUCGCGGUGAAGACGGCAACGUCGUGCAUCCUCUUGGGAGGCAUCUACAUCAGGAAGGACGAGAUGAGCGACGCGCUGGAGUUCCUGAACAUCGAGCACCAACUGAUCAGCGGAUACAAGCGUAGGGCUGGGCCUGCGCCAGCCGCCGCGGCUGGGCCCAGCGAUAGCGACGAGGCGCCGCUGAUCCCGAAGGAGAGCGCGAAGUACGACGGCCACAAGAAGGAGAAGACGAAGGAAACGUCGAAGGAGAAGUCGAAGGAGAAGAUGAAGGAGAAGCCAAAGGAGAAGACGAAGGAGAAGACGAAGGAGAAGACGAAGGAGAAGACGAAGGAUAAGGAUGACAAGACGGACAAACGCGAGGAUAAGACACAUGAGGAUAAGAAGAAGAAAGAUAAGAAAGACAAGGCAGAUAAGGCUGAGGAAAAGACGGACAAGGCUCGAGAGAAGAAGACGCCCAAGGAGAAGCAUGGCAAGUCCGAGAAAGAGAGGAAGGCGAGGAGCGUUUCGGCUGACAAGACACGCAAGAAAGAAACGAAGGACACGACGCUCAAGCAGGACGAGCCCGACAUGACCGACAAGAAGCGGAUGCGAGAGGAACCAGGCGGUGCUGGUGGCGAGCCCGAUCGCCCCAAGAAGACGAAGAUGGCGGACUGGCUGAAGCUGUUCCGCAAGCUGAAGGGCGAUUUCCAGUCGGGCCAGAGCCAGUGCAAGAUGAUCCAGAGGCUCGUCGGCAACGACGAGGCGUGGGAGUUUGCUGAGUCCGACAAGGUGCAGAACAGAAUCAA